CGUCUGUUCUUCCGGUUAGAAAACUGUUUAGUUUUGGUUGUUAACGGUCCUGUUGGGGUAUUUUUGUGUAAAUGAUUCAUUUAAACGUAUUAAGGUGUAUUUAUUUCCGUCUGGUUGGAUCAGAGUGAGCGGACAUAUUUAUCUUUGGGUUGACGGAGAGCGACAGAACACCACCGGCUCAGGUCCCAUUCUCUUCUGGUUUGUUACAGAUGACAGAGUCGUCUCUGCGUUCUGAACAUCAUGCUUCCCCGGGCGGGUAAAGAGUUUCUGGUCCGCAUUCGGUUCUCCUGGAGGCCUCUGUUCCAGGGCCGCUACCUGCUGCUUACCAACACGCUGAGCGGAGGGAUCAUGCUGUCACUGGGAGAUAUCCUGCAGCAGACCCGGGAGAACCGCAGGCAGCCGGGCCGGGUCAGAGAUUGGGGGAGGACAGGUCGAAUGUUUGUGGCUGGCUGCUCUAUGGGUCCACUGCUGCACUACUGGUACAUCUGGCUGGACAGAGUUUAUGUGGGAAAAGCCCUGAAGACGUUGAGCAAGAAGGUUCUGGUGGAUCAGCUGGUCGCCUCCCCCACUCUGGGAAUGUGGUAUUUUGUAGGUAUGGAUCUGCUGGAGGGACGAUCUUUAUCUGAAGGAUGGGCUGAGUUUAGAGGAAAGUUCUGGGAGUUUUAUAAGGUGGAUUGGUGCGUUUGGCCCGCCGCUCAGACGAUCAACUUCUACUUUCUAUCGCCCAAAUUCCGUGUUGUAUACAUCAAUUUUAUCACAUUAGGGUGGGACACCUACCUCUCAUAUCUGAAACACAGAGAUGAAAGCCAGCAAUCUGAACCUACAUCUGACAGCAGCUCUGUGGAUUCACAGCAGAAAGAGCUCACAUCUCCCAAACCUCUGAAGGAAAAAACGUAGGGAUCUUCAUUAGCUGUGAUGGUUAUCAAAUACAGAACAGUACUUGAUAUUUUCAGACUUCCUCCUCUUGAAGAGCGCUGUGAUCCCGUGUCCAUCUGUCUGAGAAGAUGUAUGUUUCUUAAACUGAGGUGUAGAAGCUCUGAAAAACUUUAAGGUCCCUCUUUUUUAUUUCUCGUGAAAGAUGUUCACUCCUUUUGGAACAUUCAGGGACAAAAGCAGUUUCACUGCCCUUGGCCGCUGCACUUUAAAGUGUUAAAAUCCUGCUUAUCCGAUUUUUGUGAUUGAGUGGAAAGUUGUUUAAACUUGAAAGCUUUAAGCUGAUGUGGUACACCCUGUUUAUGUUGGAUUUUUUUUUAAUAGAAGAAUCAGAACCGUUAUGAAACGGUUUUUCAUAUCAUGUUAAUCUGUGUGAACCUUUGCCUUAAUAUGUGGCCCAGUACUACACCUCAUUGUGCCAGAUAAUCUGUUUAUCCCUAAUUAUUACUGCUGAAUGAUUCUUCAUCAGUCUUUGUUAUAGUUAAGUCUAAUAUGAUGGACAAAUAAACUGUGGAUAUAACCUUAAAUCCUCAGGGGGAAAAUAUUUGAGUGUGUUUUCAGCUCAGCUCCUGAAAAAAAGAGAAUGUUUUCACCAAUAAAUUAUUAUGUUUUCAGUAGAUGUGUAUUGAUUUAAUAAUGGAGGAAAAAUAAUUAUUUUCAGUACCUAAAUGUAUUUCUAAAAACCUACACAAAAUUAUUUGUUUUCUCAUGCAUUUGUAAUCAGAUACGGUGCUGUUCAGAAAGCUGAUUAAAGACAGAAAUCGAUAAAGUCAUUGUAGAUGACGUUUAAAAAUUGAUGAGUCUUGUACAAAGAUAAGGAAAAAAUCUAUUCUUGUGUAAAAUUCCUGUUGUACCCUGGAACUAUUUAAACAUAAACAAUAAACUUUUAAU